AAUUAGAAGCGUCCUGUUCGGUCGGAUAUUUCGACAAUUUUUGGUGGUGUUAGUGAUGUUACGUGAACGGGGGGACCCGAAGCCCGUGACGGACUCCGCUCGGUGCAUCGUUAUGACUCUGUGGGGCUGCAGGCACUCAAAAUUAGCUGACAAAUGCUCACGACAAACAUCCUGUCACGUAACUACAUGAGACGUGAUAGACACACACCUGCAAUUGAAUUCUAAAGCCAAUACGGAACAUGGAGAAUGCGGAGCAGGAACUCAAGCGCCGGCGUGAAAGAGGUCGGGUAGCGCAGGCAGCAUUGCGCAAACGGCAAGCAAAGGCGGCACAGGAGAUCCAACAUGAGAAUGGGCAAUUGAGAGAAGCACUCAGCGCUAUUACCAAUGUUGCUUGUCGUGACGAUCGAAGCGACCUUCUGGCUGUCAUAAGGCAAGCUGCCGACGCUUCUGGGAUAGACACCAGCCACCUUGAAUUAUCGAAUUCCUCCUCAUCAAAGGGCGAAUCGGAAACCGACUAUGCCAAUCAUGGCAGUAAACCUGUCUUCAAAGCUACAAGGUGCAUGAUGUGGCUAAACCCUAUGCGCUAUAUGCGUAUUAACGAUCCACCAGAAGAUAUCAUCCCAUAUCUAGGGCCUGCCGCGAAUACACUGGCUGGGAAACUCUUUUGGGCUGUCCUGGAACAUGCCAUAUCAAAUUGUCAUCACGUGCAUCAUCCGACUGCUCACGGGACGUUGCACCGUAACCCUUCCUUCAAACGAAUGGUAGAACAUACAACUGCAUUAGGGGACGUUAGCGACGACUUCAUGAGAGCUAUGAUCGAAGCCCGGCUGGAAUACCGUAAAUUGGGGUUCAUAAGUGCUGAGUAUGCCAGUGCUGCGGAACCCGACGCUGGAAGGGUAAUGAGGCGCAAGGUUGUUGAGGACUAUAUGAAGCGAGGAGAAAAUGCAGACGUCUGGUUGAAUCCCAUGGCUGUAGAGGCGCGCGCCAGGGAGAUACUGGGUUCUCAUGGCUUCACAAAGCUGAAACAUGCGGCAGAAAGUCCCAACAACAAUGCUCAGCACACAAUUUUAUCGAGCGCAGUAAACAAACUCAUAGAACAUUAUAUGUGCUUUGGGGAUGGGCCCAGGUGGAACAUUGAGGUUGUGGAUGGAACAUUUACUAAGUGGAGGCCGGAAACAACAAAAUAGGGUAGAGAAUCUCAAAUAAGCGUACGACGGAAUUUAUAUUUCCUAAUUGAUGCCUCUAUCUUCAACAGUUAGAUCAACCUACCAAACGAAUACUCACA